AUGCCCUCCUUUCAAGAUAACACGGCUGAGCCAGCUCGCCCUCAAACUCCAACCAACAACUUACUCCAGAAAGUCAAGAGCAACGGUUCCACAAGAAAAUUCGACCACAACCUCCAACACAGUCUUCCAAUCCCAGGUGAUGGAGCCCAUCCUGGCUCUAUCGAGGUUCCAGCAACCAGAUCGUCAAUGGCCGAGACCGACUACCUUAUGCAUUCCUUGAGCCUUACCGACAGAAGAGGGUCACGAAACUCUUUUGGGGCUUCUUUGCCUAUCCCAAAAUCAAAACGUCAAUCCCGUCUUUCCUCUGUAGCCAACGCCGAUGGACGCCCUACCCGACCUGGCAUGCCUGCUAUCCAGCCAACCCGCGAUAUUCUCUCUUCUCAAAUCCAGGACGUCAAGGCCAAAAUUACAGCUGCAGCGAAAGACAUGGCCUUUGCUUUCGACAUUGACGGUGUCUUGGUUCACGGGGAUCGUCUAAUUCCAGAGGGUCAACGUGCUCUUGAGAUUUUGAACGGUGAUAACGAGCUUGGAAUCAAGAUUCCUCACAUCUUUCUAACCAACGGUUCUGGGAAAGUCGAAACGGCUCGUUGUGCUCAGCUGUCAAAGAUUCUGAGAAACCCCGUUUCAACAGAUCAAUUCAUUCAAUCCCACACGCCUAUGUCUGCUCUAGCAGAUUACUACGAGACUGUCUUAGUAGUUGGUGGUGAAAACUACCAAUGUCGCGAGGUUGCGAAGCAAUACGGCUUUAAAGAUAUCGUUGUUCCAAACGACAUCUAUGCCUCAAUGCCUACCAUUUCACCACUCAGAGAGCACUUCACUGCUGAACAGCGUGCUACCUCUACCCCCCGAGACUUCAGCAAAGUCAAAAUCAAUGCAAUCCUAGUGUUCUCUGACUCUCGCGAAUACGCAACCGAUCUCCAGAUUAUUAUGGAUCUUCUCCAAUCCGAGGAUGGCGUUCUCGGUACGAGAAAGAAGGAUCCAAGUGUCGACCAGCUUCCAAUCUACUUCUCCCAAGGCGAUCUUCUCUGCCCUACUGAGCACCCAACGCCAAGAAUGUCCCAGGGAACAUUCCGGAUUGCUCUCGAGGCAAUCUACAAAGCUAUUACCGGUCAUGAACUUGAGCGUGUGGUGUAUGGAAAGCCUGAGCUUGCAACAUAUAAAUAUGCGGAUGAAGUUAUGACUUCCUGGAUGGACACUAUCCACGGCGAGGAAAAGCUACCAAAGAACAUCUAUAUGAUUGGUGACAAUCCAGCGUCUGAUAUCACAGGUGGAAACAUGUAUGGUUGGAACACAUGUUUGGUACGGACUGGUGUCUAUCAAGGUGAGGGUAACGAUGAUGAGAACCCAGCGAACUUUGGCGUCUUCCCCAACGUUCUUGAGGCUGUCCAAACUGCUCUUCGCAAAGAGCUCGGACAAGAUUUCAUGUUCAAAUGGAAUGACAACAUCAACCCAGUCACGGGAGAGAACUCCGUGUCAGCGAUUGAGUAA